AUUCCGCCCUCUUCGCCCUGCGCCCUCGCCCACGGGAGCGGGGAGCAGGGCGGAUGGCUCCGCGGCCGCGGGGGAGCCCAGCCUGGCUGCUGCCUGCGGAGGGCAGCGGGGAGCGGGGAGCGGCAGCGCGCACUGCAGCCCUUUCUGUACGCAGGCUGCCCCUUUCCUUUAAAGCAGUGCAGCCCUCCCCUGAGCAGCAGGCUCCAGCCGCGUUUGGUAUGCACGAGCCCUGCUGCUCCGAGGCAGGGGCCGCUUUCUUAGGGAGGAUCGGCGGCUACCGCAAAUCCGCCUCGCCUGCCUGCUGCCCGCGUCGCGGCCAGCCCCCGUCCCGCCUCGGGAGCCGCAGGUGCGGGCGGACGGGCCGAGCAUGGGACGUGCAGGCGGCGGCGGCGGGCUGCCUCGGUAGGCGCUGCCGGGUCCGCGGCUGACUUUUCCGGUGGGACUUGUGGAGGGCCAUGAACCAAACGGACGCUCCCCGGCCGCUCAACUGGACCAUCCGGAAGCUGUGCCAUGCCGCCUUUCUGCCCUCCGUCAGACUCCUCAAGGCACAGAAAUCAUGGAUAGAAAGAGCAUUUUACAAGAGAGAAUGCGUUCAUAUCAUACCCAGCACCAAAGACCCCCAUAGGUGUUGCUGUGGGCGUCUAAUAGGUCAACACGUUGGACUGACUCCAAGUAUCUCCGUUAUUCAGAAUGAGAAAAAUGAAAGCAGGCUUACUCGAAAUGACAUCCAGUCGGAGAAGUGGUCCAUCAGCAAGCACACGCAGCUCAGUCCCACGGAUGCUUUUGGAACCAUUGAGUUCCAAGGAGGAGGCCACUCCAAUAAAGCCAUGUACGUACGCGUGUCUUUUGACACAAAGCCAGACCUUCUUCUGCACCUGAUGACCAAAGAGUGGCAGCUUGAGCUCCCUAAACUUCUCAUCUCUGUGCACGGGGGCCUUCAGAAUUUUGAACUUCAGCCAAAACUCAAGCAAGUCUUUGGAAAAGGCCUCAUUAAGGCUGCUAUGACAACUGGAGCGUGGAUAUUCACUGGAGGAGUAAACACAGGGGUCAUUAGGCACGUUGGAGAUGCACUGAAGGACCAUGCCUCAAAGUCUCGCGGGAAGAUCUGCACUAUCGGUAUAGCUCCCUGGGGGAUUGUGGAAAAUCAAGAGGAUCUGAUUGGCAAAGAUGUGGUCCGACCAUACCAGACGAUGUCCAAUCCCAUGAGUAAGUUGACAGUGCUCAACAGUAUGCAUUCCCAUUUCAUUUUGGCUGACAAUGGCACUACUGGUAAAUAUGGAGCAGAGGUGAAACUUCGUAGACAGCUGGAAAAGCACAUUUCACUUCAGAAGAUAAAUACAAGAAUCGGUCAAGGGGUUCCAGUGGUGGCCCUCAUUGUGGAAGGAGGUCCCAAUGUUAUCUCCAUCGUUCUGGAGUACCUGCGAGACACUCCUCCUGUUCCUGUUGUGAUAUGUGACGGCAGUGGCCGGGCAUCCGACAUCCUUGCCUUUGGUCACAAAUACUCUGAAGAAGGAGGACUUAUCAAUGAGUCCUUGAGGGACCAAUUGCUGGUUACCAUCCAGAAGACGUUCACCUAUACCCGAACACAGGCACAGCACCUCUUCAUUAUCCUCAUGGAGUGCAUGAAGAAGAAGGAGCUGAUCACGGUAUUUCGCAUGGGAUCAGAAGGACACCAGGAUAUUGAUUUAGCUAUCCUGACAGCAUUACUGAAAGGAGCUAAUGCAUCUGCUCCCGACCAGCUGAGCCUAGCGUUAGCCUGGAACAGAGUAGACAUCGCCCGCAGUCAGAUCUUUAUUUAUGGGCAACAGUGGCCGGUGGGCUCCCUUGAGCAAGCAAUGCUGGAUGCACUGGUGUUGGACAGAGUGGAUUUUGUGAAAUUACUCAUAGAGAAUGGAGUAAGCAUGCAUCGUUUUCUCACCAUCUCCCGGCUAGAGGAAUUGUACAAUACGAGACACGGACCAUCCAACACUUUGUAUCAUUUAGUCAGGGAUGUCAAAAAGGGAAACUUACCUCCUGAUUAUCGGAUAAGUCUGAUAGAUAUUGGCUUGGUGAUAGAGUACCUGAUGGGAGGAGCGUAUCGCUGCAACUAUACCCGAAAGCGGUUCAGGACACUGUACCACAAUUUAUUUGGGCCCAAGCGGCCAAAAGCCCUGAAACUGUUGGGAAUGGAGGAUGAUGUCCCUUUGAGGCGAGGGAGGAAAACAACUAAGAAAAGAGAAGAAGAAGUUGAUAUUGAUUUGGACGACCCUGAGAUCAACCAUUUCCCCUUCCCAUUUCAUGAGCUGAUGGUGUGGGCUGUGCUGAUGAAGCGUCAGAAGAUGGCCCUCUUCUUCUGGCAGCAUGGGGAGGAGGCUAUGGCUAAAGCACUGGUGGCCUGUAAACUCUGCAAAGCCAUGGCCCAUGAAGCAUCAGAAAAUGACAUGGUGGACGACAUAUCCCAAGAGCUGAACCAUAAUUCCAGGGACUUUGGCCAGUUGGCGGUGGAGCUGCUGGACCAGUCGUACAAGCAGGAUGAGCAACUGGCAAUGAAACUGCUGACCUACGAGCUGAAGAACUGGAGCAACGCCACGUGCCUGCAGCUCGCAGUGGCAGCCAAGCACAGGGAUUUCAUUGCUCACACUUGCAGCCAAAUGCUGCUCACGGACAUGUGGAUGGGUCGUCUCCGGAUGCGCAAAAAUUCUGGUCUAAAGGUAAUUCUAGGAAUUCUACUUCCUCCUUCAAUCCUCAGCUUGGAGUUCAAGAACAAAGAUGACAUGCCUUACAUGUCUCAAGCCAGCGAGAUCCAUCUUCAGGAGAAGGAGCCAGAGGAACCAGAAAAACCAGUGAAGGAAAAAGAGGAGGAGGACAUGGAACUCACCGCAAACAGCAGGAGCUGCCCCCAGGACCCUGUCUGCAGGCAGGCAGAAGGACCUGCCUACGGGACCCAAUAUGCAGGCAAGCGGAAGGAGCAGCCCACAAGACCCACCUACAGGACCCGUUUGCAGGCAAUGCUGGGACGAGGGAAUGGAGAGUCAUCAAGAAAGAAAGAGGAAGAGGAAGUUCAGAGCAGGCACAGACUCAUCCCUGUUGGAAGAAAGAUCUAUGAGUUCUACAAUGCUCCCAUUGUUAAAUUUUGGUUUUACACACUGGCAUAUAUAGGGUACUUGAUGCUGUUCAAUUAUAUAGUGUUAGUGAAGAUGGAUCGCUGGCCAUCAACACAGGAAUGGAUUGUCAUCUCGUACAUUUUCACGCUGGGAAUAGAGAAGAUGAGAGAGAUAUUGAUGUCGGAGCCCGGGAAACUGUUACAGAAAGUAAAAGUUUGGCUCCAGGAGUACUGGAAUGUCACUGAUCUCAUAGCGAUUCUCCUGUUCUCCGUCGGGAUGGUGCUCCGUCUGCAAGAUCUGCCUCUCCGGAGCGACGGCCGAGUGAUAUACUGUGUUAACAUCAUUUACUGGUAUAUACGGUUGUUAGACAUCUUCGGAGUAAACAAGUAUUUGGGACCAUAUGUUAUGAUGAUUGGGAAAAUGAUGAUAGACAUGAUGUAUUUUGUCAUCAUCAUGUUGGUGGUUCUGAUGAGCUUUGGUGUUGCGAGACAGGCUAUUCUCUUCCCCAAUGAGGAGCCUUCGUGGAAGCUGGCGAAAAACAUUUUUUACAUGCCUUAUUGGAUGAUCUAUGGGGAAGUGUUUGCAGACCAGAUAGACCCUCCUUGUGGUCAAAAUGAAACCAGAGAAGAUGGCAAAAUAAUCCAGCUGCCUCCUUGCAAGACAGGAGCAUGGAUCGUUCCUGCCAUCAUGGCCUGUUACCUCUUGGUUGCAAACAUCCUUUUGGUGAACCUCCUCAUUGCUGUUUUCAACAAUACAUUUUUUGAAGUCAAAUCCAUAUCUAACCAAGUAUGGAAGUUUCAAAGGUAUCAGCUAAUCAUGGCAUUUCACGAAAGACCAGUUCUCCCACCACCUUUAAUCAUUUUCAGCCAUAUGACCAUGAUAUUCCAACACCUCUGCUGCAGAUGGCGGAAACAUGAAAGCGACCCAGAUGAGAGAGACUACGGAUUAAAACUUUUCAUAACUGAGGAUGAACUGAAAAAAGUCCAUGAUUUUGAAGAGCAGUGCAUAGAAGAAUAUUUUAGAGAAAAAGAUGACAGAUUCAAUUCCUCAAAUGAUGAAAGAAUCCGUGUCACUUCAGAAAGGGUAGAGAACAUGGCCAUGCGACUGGAAGAAGUAAAUGAGCGCGAGCACUGCAUGAAGGCAUCUCUCCAGACUGUCGACAUCAGGCUUGCCCAGCUGGAGGAUAUGAUAGGAAGAAUGGCGACGGCCUUGGAAAAACUGACCAGUAUAGAGAGAGGUGAGACGACCAAGAUACGAUCCAGGACCUCCUCCGACUGUACCGAUACGGCCUACAUUGUGAGGCAGAGUAGCUUCAAUAGUCAGGAAGGAAAUACUUACAAGCUUCAGGAGAGCAUAGAUCCCACAGGAGAGGAGUCCAUGUCCCCAACGUCACCUACGAUCACGCCCCGCAUGCGAAGCCACUCUUUCUAUGCAACAAAUAUGAAGGAGAAGUGUGGGCUGGAAAAGUUUGAAAGCAUUUUUAAGGACAGAUCCACGAGCCUGCACCGUGCUAGCAGUUCCCACUCCAUAGCGAAAGAAGCAAAGGUUCCCUUAGCCCCUACCAGCACUUUGUCGAUUGCCCCGGACUCCAGAAGGCCUUCAUCUUGUAUAGACAUCUACGUUUCUGCCAUGGAUGAGAUGCAGUCUGAAAUAGAUCCCCUCGACAGCUCAGUAAACAUUCUUGGUACUGGAGAUGUGGCUCUACAGGCUCACAUAGCCUCUUCCAUUUUGGCUAACAGCGCAUACAUUAGCAGUACGCCAGGUGAGAGAACUUCCGGCAGGAGUCUUGAUUAUGAGGAAACCUCUGGAAUAGAAACAAGAGCAUUUUCUUCGGAGUAUUCACAAAUCACAGACUGCCAAAUCCCCUGGGAUUCAGACCCUCCCUUGUAUCACACCUUAGAGCGAUCUAAAAGUAGUCGCUAUCUGGCUACAACUCCAUUUAUUCUGGAGGAAACACCAAUCGUGAAAUCUCACAGUUUUAUGUUCUCUCCAUCUCGAAGCUACUUCAGUAGCCUUGGCGUCCCAGUCAAAACAGCAGAGUACACAAGUAUUACAGACUGCAUAGACACGAGGUGUGUGAGUGCUCCCCAGACCAUCGCUGAGAGGGCCAGUUUCCCUGGAAGUCUCGGAGGCAAGGUGGAGGACUUGGGAUGCUGCCACCCAGAGAGAGAAGCAGAACUAAGCCACCCAAGCUCUGAUCAUGAGGACAUCGAGGCCAAAGACAAGAAGGGGACCCCUUUAUCUCCUCAAGACGGCAAUGCUGCAAGAACUCUGACCAAUAGCAUCCCACUUCCAAAAAUAGAGCGGGCCAACAGCUACUCUGCGGAGGAGUCCAACAUGUUGUAUGCACAGCACACACGGAAAAGCUACUCUAUCAGUGACAAACUUGACAGACAGCGAAAUGCAACGGGCCUGCGAAACCCCUUCCAGAGGAGUAAGUCCUCGAGGCCAGAGAGCAGAGGGGACAACCUGUCUAUGAGGAGACUGUCGAGAAUGGGAGCUUUCCGCAGCUUUGAGAGCAAGCACAGCUAGGCCUAGACAAAGCUCACAGGCAGUCUAAGGGUCAUCUGCUCUCCAGUCCAUUUUCCUUAGAAGAACUAAAUAACCUCACAUCAUCACAUGUCAACUCUAGCUGGCAUUAGCCACCGGUCAAGGGAGCACGUUGCCAGUCUCAGUAUCACCCACUGAGUUACUGCAUCUUGACCCAGUUGACAUUCGCACUUAAGGAGAAAGGGAGGGAGGAGAGCUUUAUAAAGACUUCAGUAAACAACAGGAACAACAACCCCCCCUUAUGAAAACACAAGUAAUAAAUGAGUAGAUUCAGAAAUCUGUCUUUUACUAGAAGGCAUCAUAAGAUGUUUGAUGAUGAUUCACAAGUUUUUAGCACCCAGGAAUUAAUGAGCAAAAAGAGAUAUACAAAUUAUAUAUUCUAAACUUCAAUCCUGACUUCUUUUUCAUCUGUUUCACCAUUGUGAUGACUGAUGAAAAGCAUUUGUUAUUUCUGUAGAAACCGGCAGCAAGCAAACCUAAACUCUCCCAAGUCCCUCACAGCCCCACACUUGUGAAACUGAAGAAAGAUGAACAAGAUAACAACCGUAGAGUUCACUUAUCUCUUUUUGUAUUAACUUCUAGUGCCGCAAAAAGUUUAUAUUUUCAAGAGCAGAAAGGGAAAUGAAAUGCCUUUUGUACUGCAACUUAAAUGGAGGAAGAAUUUAUGUUAAAAUGUCAGGUGAUUUCCUGUAUAAAACAGGCAUUCUAGAUUCUAGCACAGCUGAGCAAGCUCAGGAUGAAUGUAAUUAAGCGGAAUAGUAUAUAUUUAUUUUUUUACCACAUUUGUCAUCGAUAUGUUGUCUCACUAAAUCAAAGGAUGUGAUGGAACAGUAAGAAUAAUGUGCUGCGAGGCUGAUCAGAGCAUGGCACGGCAAUAUCAUCAGGUUCUCACUGCUCUGUUUAAUUGCUUAUACAAAUUGUGGAGGUUUAUCCACCAAGUUGCUACCAGGUUCUUCUUGCUGUUCCAUUUGAGCUGCCGAUUUUUCACAUCACUCCCUCACCCAAAAACAUACACCUUUUUUUUUUUUUUUUUUUUAACGUGGACAUGGCUGUAUUUGAGCAUUUCAAAGUACACAAGGUUCAUCAUGCGAUCUGAAUUCAGAAUAACACCAUUAGACUGAAGUUGCUUAAGGGAAAACGUUCUUGGCAGAGCACUGGAAAACAAAAAAAAUAUAUAUGCUUUUAAGGUAAGUUGAAGAACCAAAGUGAAACUUGAGGUGUCUGUUAAAAGCAAAAGCUAUCAGUUGCAAGUAUGCUUCCACUGUACAGCAACAUAUCACACAACAUGCAUUUUAGUAGGAGAAAAUAUAUCUGGCUUGUAGUGUAGUUGUAGAGUUUUGGGUGAAGUUGGUAGUAGUAUCUCCACUGACUUUACCGACUUUCCAAGUGCAAAACUCAGUCCACAGUAUCAACAGGAGUUUCAAACUUCUCAUGAAAAGAUACCACAGUGGUCAGAGGAGGAAGAGGAUGCAGAAGAUAAGGAAAAGCUAGAGAAGUAUAAAUAGCAUUUGGAUCACAAUUUCACAUCAUUUGUGAGGGGAAAACUUACGCUUGACAAGAGUUGAGGCUAGUGCUUUUAAAAAUUAAAACAUCUCCAAAAUGACCAACAGCUAUGCAGAGCCAGGUCCUUUUUGUUUUUAAACAUAAGCACAUGCAACUGGGGUACAUCCCAUUUAUUAUCUUCCGAAUCUCUAAGGCAGCUUUGAAAUGGAGGCUGACAUUUUCUCACUAGGAUCUCACUUUGGGAGACUCUAAGCACUACAUGACAGUUAAUUCUGAAGGUCAGCAAAUCCCCACAUAAAAAUAAUCGUCUGCCUCAAGACAAGGGGCAAAGAAGGUAAAAACCCUUUAGGUGCCGACUCCCUUUGUUGGAAAGUUCAUGAAAUAAAGAAAUGCAACAUGGUGACAUUAAAUACAACGUGCUUCGUACUUCCUGCACCGACGUGUUCCUUCCUU